CACGUGAGAGCGGUCGGACAUGGCGGCGGCGCGGCGGCUGCUGCCGCGUUGGAUGGUGCCGCUGCGGCCGGUCAGCUCCGCUUCGGCAUCCGGAGCCCUCCCGAAGCGUGUGAAGGUGGUGGAGGUUGGGCCGCGGGAUGGGCUCCAGAACGAGAAGAGCCUUGUUCCGACACCAGUGAAGAUCAGCUUGAUCAACAUGCUGGGUGAGACCGGGCUCCCGGUCAUCGAGGCCACCAGCUUUGUGUCCCCCAAGUGGGUUCCGCAGAUGGCUGACCAUACCGAAGUCAUGCAGGGAAUCACCCAGCUGCCCGGUGUGAGUUACCCCGUGCUCACCCCGAACCUGAAGGGAUUUCAGGCUGCGGUGGCAGCAGGAGCCAAAGAAGUGUCCAUCUUUGGGGCAGCAUCUGAGCUCUUCACGAAGAAGAACAUCAACUGCUCCAUAGAUGAGAGUCUGGAGAGGUUCAGUGAAGUGAUGGCAGCAGCGAGAGCAGCCAACGUUCCUGUCCGGGGAUACGUUUCCUGUGUCCUUGGCUGUCCCUACGAGGGGAAGAUUUCUGCAGCUAAGGUUGCAGAGGUCUCAAAGAAGAUGUACUCAAUGGGAUGCUAUGAGAUUUCCCUCGGUGACACCAUUGGCGUUGGGACCCCAGGGAGCAUGAAGGAGAUGCUGACAGCUGUCAUGAAGGAGGUGCCAGUUGGGGCUCUGGCUGUUCACUGCCAUGACACCUACGGGCAGGCUCUUGCCAACAUCUUGGUAGCACUUCAGAUGGGUGUGAGCGUGGUUGAUGCUUCCGUCGCUGGCCUUGGAGGCUGCCCCUAUGCCCAAGGGGCAUCUGGAAACGUUGCCACGGAGGACUUGGUGUACAUGCUGCACGGGCUGGGCAUCCACACGGGUGUGGAUCUGCAGAAGCUGAUGGACGCGGGCACGUUUAUCUGCAAUGCUCUCAACAGAAGAACCAAUUCCAAAGUGUCCCAGGCCUCUUGCAGACUGUGAUACCAAAUGGAGCUUCUCCUUGGAUGAAGAAGAAGACAAGGAUCCAGGCUGGCUGGGUUCCCCUCUGGUCAUCUGUGCCCUUCCCAGACUCAGUGCUUGGGAGGAAAUGCAUAAUCCACCAGAAUCAAUGAUGAAAUGAGAAGAAACAAACCCCAGGACUGCUGUGUGCAGCCUUGAUGCCAUCUGCCUUAGGGAAGGGAGGAUGUGAUGGGCUGAGGGAGAUGUAGUGCCCACAACCCUUGCCUGGGAGCUGUGGGGCUCCAGCACCAGCUCAGAACAGGGUCUGGUAACUUGUGCCUUGAGAGGGUGUUGCCAUCAUGCCACCAGCAGGGGAUAAAGCAGCUUUUGCCAUUAGAGCCCCUCUCUGGAUCAGACCCGACCUCCCUUCCCUUCUCUCUCCUCACUAUGGAUGCUAAGGCUGAAACCGAGGGACUCCUUCCUCAUUCAAGUGCCAGGGGCAGCCUUGGACCUGCCUCAGUGUUCAGGGGUUGUUAUAAUGGACUGUAUCUGUUGUAAGGUACUUGUAACUACCAGGAAUAAUGAACAUGUUAUUUAAUAUUCUAAACUAUUAGCAACUGAAUUGAAUUAAAUGAGCUAAGGAGCUUUU